AUGCUAUCUCGCGCUUUGAUCAUCUGCUUCGCCUUUUCUCUACUAGUCACUACAUUUGCCAUCCCUACAGAACGCAUUCCAACUGUUGGAACGUCAAAGGAUGCAAACCCAUCGACCUUCUCACCUCCAACCUUAUCAAUAGUCAUUCCGACAAACAACCUCACGAUCACCGCGACCUGGCGCCCAGUAUGUAUACCCGAACACCCGGGCCGGGACCCCACAAAAGAAGCCAGCCGGAUCACUCACCCAGCGGACUGCUAUCAGGCCGUCCACAACAUGUUCAUCGAAGGAUCUGACCGCGAGCUACUGGUGUGGGAUAGGCAACGAAUAUGGGAAUAUGGAAGCUGUGGCCUGUGGCUUGUGGCCAUGCAGGGGCUGCCAAUUCACCGUGACACUUUCUCUAGAAGUGAAAUUGCAUAUUCUGCAGAGAGCGUUCGGCAGGAAUGUGUGAAUGCAGAACACGGAUAUAGAGGGGGACUCGUACGGAUAGCCGCGGGCGUCUUUCAAGUCGGGAUAUCUGGACCAGUCGAGCCAUCGUUAGGGAAGUGGAAGGAGGGCACCAUGUUGAAUGCGACAGCUUCGGAGAAGAGAGCUGAAACCCUCUCAGUGGAACCUCUUGGGUCCAGCGGUCUUGCCAAAAAAAAUCAAGAUGAGGACAGCGAAGUGGAAGAGGCGGAAUUGUAA